AGGCGGCGCAAAUGGCCAUGCAGAAUGGGCAGCGUCGGCUAAAACUCAUGCAAGGGGUGGUCAACAACAGUACCGCUAAGCGUGAUCGCACCGAUGUGACCAAAACGCCGUCUACCCAGGUGACCCCCGAGAAUGUGAAGAAGGGUGCAACGUCUGAUGAUUUGCAGCCCCGGGCAUUGGAUUUUUCAACUACAGGUGGUGGCAAUCCAGGAGGCGUGUCCUCUAGCUCAUCGGGGGAAACUGGUGGGAAUAAUGCCUUGAAGGCAACAGUGGCUACGGCAACUGCUGGUGGCAUCAGCAUUUCUCAAAUGCAAGCCAUAGCAACACCACAGAAGGUGCCUGUCACGACCGACCCACAUCCCCAAGCAACCCUAGACGACACACUUGUGGUUGAUGAUGACAACAUGGAAACACCAGAGCCUGUGCAUACCAGCAAGUCGCCUGAACCAGCAGCAGAGCAUUCCCAGGGUUUUGACAAAACACAGCAAACUCCCAAGACAAGGGCUUACUUGGCUUGCAUGCAACGAAAGUCCACUGAUGACCUUUCACUGCCGAAGACACCAGAACAUCCCACAGCAGAAGCAGCUCCAGUGAUUGUCACCCCAGUGGCAGCAAGACCAGCUCACAGCACACCAGCUGUUGUGACUCCAACGCCACCUGUUGUUGCACCUGCACAUGUGUUGACUGCAGCACCCGGCACAGCAUCAGCAGAAGCACCGCCUGGCAGCACGGCAGUGGCACCAGCUCACAUCGCCCCGGCAGCAACACCAACACCUGUUGUUGCACCCGCACAUGUGUUGACUCCAACACCUUUCACAGCAUCAGCAGAAGCACCGCCUGGCAGCACUGCAGUGGCACCAGCUCCCAUCGCCCCGGCAGCAACACCAACACCUGUUGUUGCACCCGCACAUGUGUUGACCCCAACACCCGUCACAGCAUCAGCAGAAGCACCGCCUGGCAGCACGGCAGUGGCACCAGCUCCCAUCGCCCCGGCAGCAACACCAACACCCGUUGUUGCACCCGCACAUGUGUUGACUCCAACACCUGUCACAGCAUCAGCAGAAGCACCGCCUGGCAGCACGGCAGUGGCACCAGUUCACACCGCCCCGGCAGCAACACCAACACCUGUUGUUGCACCCGCACAUGCGUUGACUCCAACACCUGUCACAGCAUCAGCAGAAGCAUCGCCUGGCAGCACGGCAGUGGCACCAGCUCACAUCGCCCCGGCAGCAACACCAACACCUGUUGUUGCACCCGCACAUGUGUUGACUCCAACACCUGUCACAGCAUCAGCAGAAGCAUCACCUGGCAGCACGGCAGUGGCACCAGCUCCCAUCGCCCUGGCAGCAACACAAACACCGUUGGAGCCCGAACCCCAGUCACCUGACCCCCGCUUGCUUCAGUUUUGGUCGAGGUUCAAACGGAGCCCCAUGUCCAGGGAGCCUCUGGUACGCCCACUGCCGCCACCCACAUUGAACCUACCAGCUCCAACAGAAGCCUUGUACACAGUACUUGAUCCCCUCAACUGGAAACACCUGAUUCGAUCCAAUGUUGGACACCGCUCUGACUGGAGAUCAUGUUUUGUGGUGGCUGCAUACAACCACAACACAAUCUUUACCUUUGCGAAUGAGCGAGGUGAGAUUGAUGGAACCCCUCAGGUGUCAGAUUUCCCACUUGUGGUUUGCAAAGGGGCCUUCCCAACCGAGCCCAUUGCAGUUGCAGCCCCCCACCUUGUCCCAGCAGCAGCAGCGACCACACUGGGGAUGCCAACCCCUGCACCUCUGGCAAUGACCCCACCAGCCAUUGUGGAUCGGGCAGAUCUACCGGCGACAGCAGAAGCAGCAUCAGCAGCAGCACCACCAACUAUUGCCUCUGCAGAAGUUGCAUCAGCUUCACCGAUGCCUCCAUCCCCAGCAGUGGUUGGAACACCUGCAUCCCACCCUGCACUGCCAGUGACACCAGGGUCGGAAUCUGCCACGGCACCACCACAAGCCCCACCCUUCACACCAGUUGUGGAGCAGCCAACACCCCCCCAGCCGCCAGCACCAACACCGCAGCCGUUAGUACCACCCCCACCCCCACCCACACCACCUACAGCUCGCCUGGCAGAAAAUUCCGCAGAUGACAGGGCACAGUACAUGAAAUUUCACAGGAGCGUCCGACAUCCCACAGCACCCAAGGAAGUGACCCAGAAGUUCCACGAAGCAUCAAAGGACAAAGCAAAGAUGAGGGCUUUGUUCCAAGAAUUUCAAAGAUGCAACGGGGACUGGCUGUCCAGCACCCUUGUGAUCCGUGAUUCCCAGACUACAACCAACACCCAGGGUGGUAAGGAUGGAUACCUGUCAAAGGCUGACCCUUAG